UGACUCCCCCACCGUCUCUCUGUCUGUGGGCUCCUGUCCAUCUGCUCUGAGGAGGAGAAGAAAAGCUCUGUGUGCGCUGCCAUUGCCUCCCCUGUGUGCGCAGUGCACACCGCGGCUCAAGUCCCUCGCCUCACACAUGCCUGCAGGAGGGAGCGCUGCCAAGGAGCCGCUGUGAGACUGGAGAGAAGACGACAAACUUCCCCAGGGCAAGGAAGGAAGAAACAAGGGAUUUGUUGGCUUUGUUCGCUUCCCCUCCCUCCUCUGCUUGAACUUUUUGCAGGAACACAAGCAGAGCUAAAGUUCCAGCGGACACUGUGUCCCCUGUCCCUGGCCGCCGGGGAUCGAGUGUGUCAGCAGCGGGGAGUAGUGCGAGGUCCUGACGAUGGCGGGGUGCUGCCUGUCUGCGGAGGAGAAGGAGUCCCAGAGGAUUAGCGCGGAGAUCGAGCGACAGCUCCGUAGGGACAAGAGGGAUGCUCGGAGGGAGCUCAAGCUGCUGCUCCUGGGCACUGGUGAGAGCGGGAAAAGCACCUUCAUUAAACAGAUGAGAAUUAUUCACGGUUCUGGUUACACAGAUGAAGAUCGACGAGGAUUCAUAAAGCUGGUUUAUCAAAAUAUUUUUACUGCCAUGCAAUCUAUGAUCCGAGCAAUGGACACACUAAGGAUACAGUACUCUUCCGAGCAAAACAUGGAAAAUGCCUUGCUGGUUCGGGAAGUAGAGGUAGAUAAAGUAAACAGUCUGGAAAGGAAACAAGUAGAAGCAAUUAAAAAACUUUGGGAGGACCCCGGGAUCCAGGAGUGCUAUGAUCGGAGGAGAGAGUACCAGUUGUCGGACUCUGCUAAAUACUACCUUAGUGACAUAGAUCGCAUUGCUGUUAAUGGCUACAUUCCCACCCAACAAGAUGUACUUAGAGUCAGAGUGCCUACUACUGGAAUCAUUGAGUAUCCUUUCGAUUUAGAGAAUAUUAUUUUUAGGAUGGUGGAUGUCGGUGGUCAGAGAUCAGAAAGAAGGAAGUGGAUUCACUGUUUUGAAAAUGUUACUUCCAUAAUUUUCCUCGUGGCAUUAAGUGAAUAUGAUCAAGUUCUUGCAGAAUGCGAUAAUGAAAACCGAAUGGAAGAAAGCAAAGCCUUGUUCAGAACCAUCAUAACCUACCCCUGGUUCCAGAAUUCUUCAGUCAUUCUUUUUCUUAACAAGAAGGAUCUUUUAGAGGAGAAAAUCCAGUUCUCACAUUUAAUUGACUACUUUCCAGAGUUUAAUGGUCCCAAACAAGAUGCCAAAUCAGCUCGGGAAUUUAUUUUGAAGCUCUACCAGGACCAGAACCCUGACAAAGAGAAGGUCAUCUAUUCUCAUUUCACCUGCGCCACAGACACAGAGAACAUUCGCUUUGUCUUUGCUGCUGUUAAAGACACUAUCUUACAGCUGAACCUGAGGGAAUUCAACCUAGUGUAAAAACUGGACAAUGAAGUGUGUGGAUUAUCCUAAUAGUCAUCCUGUACUGACGAAUGUUUCCUCGGUCAUUCCCAGCUCCCCUCUCCCUUUUCCCAAGAGUACAGAGAUGAGAUGCAUUAUUUUCCUACAAACAUACUGUGUUCUGAUUCUUAAGACAUGUAAUCCGGAAUAGAGAAGUUAAUUUCCCCUGAUGUUUACUGUUUUAUUUUAAUUUUUUUUAUGUGGUAUACAGACCUUUUUAAAUGCUGUGGUUUUUUCUUUUCUUUCCAUGUGUUUCAUUAUCCAAUGUUUGUUAUAAUUGGAUAUUUAAGAGAAGAUUUCAUAGAGUACAGUUUGAAAAAUGCACAAGUUCCUGUUUUUUUAUUUUUAAUACUUAUGUUGUGGUUUAGUUAUAACCAGAGUUGCCUUGGCUAUUUUAAAGCAACACAACAUUUUUAAUAGACAAACCUUUUUAUGAUUUUUUUUUUAAUAGAUUGGGGUGCUUGACUGUAAUCCUAGGAUGUAUGUAUCUUUCUGCCCCCUCCCCUCCAAGAAGAGUAAAACAUGGCUGCCAUAACAACAUCCUUCUAUAUCACUAUUUAAAAGAGCCAUAAAAUAAAUGAUGGUUUCUCUAUUGUGAUAAUAAUUAAGGAGCUAUUACUUUCCUAUUGCAAUGUAAAACCAAAGAUGGAGAAGAAAUUGCCAUUGUAAUGAUAUUUGUAAAUAUGUAUUUCUUUAUAAAUAAUAUGUAUAUAUAUGUAUCAGCAUAUAUACAUAUAUUUUACAUGUCUCUUCCAGUAGGGCUGUUUGAAUAUGAAUAAAUUACAUUUUAAAUCAUUCGACACUGUGGUUUCACUGUGCUGUAUAUGAUCUAAACUUACUUUAGCAUUAUUCUAUAACAGAUUUGCGCUGGUGCUCAUUCGUUUUAAGAGCAAUACAUCUUGAUUUAAUAUUUUAUAACACUUUAUUAAGAAUUCCUGGACAGAAUGUAAUUGUCCUCAAUUAUAGUGAAGGAUAUUGUAUAUUGUAUAAAUUCACCUCACUGCAGACUCCAUGUAAUAAUAUUGUUUUUAAACAUUUCAUUGACUGUGGCUUGCCUCAAAGGGGUACUCCGGUGGAAAACAUUUUGUUUUAAUUCAAUUGGUGAGCAGGAGAAAAUCCCCAUAGCAAACCUAUGCUGCUCUGGACAGUUCCUGAUACAGGCAUCAAGUGUCAGCAGAGAGCACUGUGGACAAGACAAAAAAGAAAUUCAAAAAGAAAAGAAUUUCCUCUGUGGCAUACAGCUGCUUAAAAAUACUGGAAGGGUAAAGAUUUUUUAAUAGAAGUAAUUUACAAAUCUGUUUAACUUUCUGGCACCAGUUGAUUUUU